UGGCGGCCGCCGCGCGUCUCGGGUCUCCGGGCCACCGCCCGGGUCGUGAAGCCAGGAGCGACGUCACCGCCAUGGCGGGCAUCAAAGCUUUAAUUAGUUUGUCCUUUGGAGGAGCGAUCGGACUGAUGUUUUUGAUACUUGGAUGUGCCCUUCCAAUAUACAACCAAUACUGGCCCCUCUUCGUUCUCUUCUUUUACAUCCUCUCGCCCAUUCCGUACUGCAUAGCCAGAAGAUUGGUGGACGACACAGACGCCAUGAGCAACGCUUGUAAGGAGCUCGCCAUAUUCCUCACCACAGGUGUCGUCGUCUCGGCCUUUGGGCUCCCUGUAGUGUUUGCCAGGGCACAUCUGAUUGAGUGGGGAGCAUGCGCACUUGUUCUCACCGGAAACACAGUCAUCUUCGCGACUAUUCUAGGCUUCUUCCUGGUCUUCGGGAGCAAUGAUGACUUCAGCUGGCAGCAAUGGUGAAGCGCUGCUGAACUGUAGUCACAUGGACUUCUGUCAUCGGCCGUCCGUCCGUCUGUCUGCCCGCCCGUGCACAGGAGAGGGGCCGUGAUGCUGACUUGUUGGCGAGCCUCUGGGGGUGUCCUAGGUGCUCCCUUCUCACUGUUAUCCGCCUCCUGUUUCCACAGGGACCUGCUAAGGAUUAAAAGGAUUUUCUCUUUUGGAAAAGCUUGACUGGUUUCCCACUUCUCUAGCCUAUGCUUUCCAUGGUGUCCUGCUGAAUCUCAAUACGUACAUGUUUUCCCUGUUCAGUUGUUUUAAAAUCAGUAUGCAAUGUUACACAUUUUUUAAGAUGUAAUGACCAUUUGCACUGGUUUAGGAAUUCAGAACUUCUGGCUGUACUAUGGGCUAAAGUACAUAUUUUCUCUAAAAAUCAGUUACUCUCCAUUAUAAAAAACUAUACGUAAGUUUUCAUCCAGUCAGGAUGCCAUCACUCCAGGUAAAUGCAAACAUGCAGAGCGUUGACACACUUUAUCUACUAUUUACUCAGUGCAAAGAUAGCUGCAUUUAUACCUCAGGGGGGCCGACUAACCCUGCCCAUGCCCUCCAUAAGGGUUGCUGGUUUUACUAGUGGACAGGUGUUUUGUGAAUCGAAAAUUAUUUUGUGGAAUUGCUAUAAAAGAGUGCUUUUCUCCUCAACUGUUGGAAGAAUUUAUGUUAAACUCUAAGGUACAUGUGUGAAAAGUUCAGAGAUCCAGUUUAUAUUCCUGUUUAUUAUGGUCAAAGCAAGUGAGUUGCCGUGUGGGAAGAAGCGACGUUGGCUUCCCACUGUCUAAGUGCUGUCUUCAUCUGUGGUGACGAGUGUGAGCUCUGUCACCUCUCAUGGUUUGGAGGGCAAAAGGGAUAUGCAUGGGACAGGUGUGUGUUUGCAGUGUAGAUGCUCAAAAACUUCCCUCUGCUUCCUCCUUUUAACUUAUUUUGUACAUUGUAUAUACUAAGUAAAAGAACUUUUCAAAUAUA